AUGGUAGUUACUUUUGUUACAGGAAACAAAAAUAAGUUAGCUGAAGUUCAAGCAAUAUUAGCUGAUGUAUUACCUAAUUUAAAAUCAGCAGAGCUUGAUUUACCAGAAUAUCAAGGUGAACCAGAAGAAAUCUCUAAAGAAAAAGCUAAAUUAGCUGCUCAACGUAUUAAUGGUCCAGUUUUAAUUGAAGAUACAUCUUUAUGUUUUAAUGCUUUGCAUGGUCUUCCAGGACCAUAUAUAAAAUGGUUUUUAGAUAAAUUAGGACAUGAUGGUUUAAAUAAAUUACUUGCUGGUUAUGAUGAUAAAACAGCAUAUGCUCAAUGUAUAUUUGCAUUUUGUGCUGGACCAACAAGUGAACCAAUUAUAUUUGAUGGCCAAUGUCCAGGCAGAAUCGUUCAAGCACGUGGACCAAAUCAAUUUGGAUGGGAUCCAAUAUUUCAACCGGAUAAUGAAAAAGGACAGCCAGGUCAUCAAACAUUUGCUGAAAUGGAGAAAAUAGAAAAAAAUCGAAUUAGUCAUCGAAGUCGAUCACUUCAAUUAGUUAAAAAUUAUUUUAGUCAACAUCCAGAAUAUCUUAGUAUACAUCGAGCAAAUAUUCAUCUACCACCAACAGAUCCUAGUACUGCUUUUUGUGGUGGAACUUUAAUCAAUGAACAAUAUGUUUUAACAGCUGCACAUUGUUUUUAUGAUGAAAAUCACUUAUUUCUAGCAAAUUAUUUUGUUGUUGUUGGUGCUCAUUACAUCAAUGAAACAGAUCUAAUUCGUUUUAAUAUUCAAUCGAUUGUAUUACAUGAAAAUUAUCAUAAGGAUUUAUUUUUAAAUGAUAUUGCAGUAUUAAAACUUUCACAUAAAGUUGAUCUAAGCAAUUCAAAAAUUGGAUUUAUUUGUUUACCACCAAAUAAUAUAUCAAUAUAUCCAUAUGAAUAUAUGCAUGGUAUUGCAGUUGGUUGGGGACGUUUAGAAGAAAAUGGCUCACUAUCAUAUGCACUUCAACAAGUUGAAUUGCCAAUUAUUUCAAAUAGAAAUCAAUAUUGUUUUCGACAAAUAAGUGAUGAACAUGUUCAAUUUUGUGCCGGACUUAUUCAAGGUGGAAAAGAUACAUGUCAAGGAGAUAGUGGAGGACCAUUAAUGAUUUUGGAUAUGAAUACAAGUACAUGGUAUAUUGCUGGUAUAACUUCAUAUGGGUAUGGAUGUGCUAAAGCUAAAUAUCCAGGUGUUUAUACACGCGUGAGCAUGUUCAUUGAUUGGAUCAAUGAUAAGAUAAACUCUUCAUCUCAGUCCUUAAUAAUUCAAAUGCCAAUUCAAAUUUUAUUAUUAUUACUUUGUAUAGUUCUAUAUUUAGAAUAA